CAGCUCCGCCCAGGACCGCCCUCCUCUCCGGGUUCGGCUGGCGCCUCCGAGCCCGGCGUUCGCGGCCCCGCCGGCCUGACUUCCCCGAGCCUCUCCGCGCCCAAGCCGGAUCGUGGCCGCCGGCGGGCUGAGGCCACCGAGACGCCAUGCCUCGGCUUUGACGUGCCGCCUUCGCGUGUUCCGCGUCUCCGGCUUUCGGCUCCCUUCCCGCGGCUUUCCUCUUGGAGCUCUUGGCUCGGCGCUGCGGUCGACCCCGACGACUCCGUCCUACCCUGAGAACCCCGGGCGCCAUGGCCCAGCCCGGGAUCCCGGCCGCCCGCGGCGCCGCAGCCGGCCUCCAGGCCCAGAACGGGGCCGCCUCGGCCGCGGGGUCCCCCUACACCAACGGUCCUGUCCAGAAUACACUGAUGUCAUCAAGCCAAGGAUAUGAUUCCCAACUUCCAGGAUCCUACCCUCGUCCAAUGCCAGCAAAGACUUUGAAUCCAUUCUCUGCACAGUCGAACUAUGGUGGUUCUCAGGGAUCUGGGCAGACUCUUAAUAGACCACUUGUGGCUUCCAGUCCAGUACCACCUUCACUUCACAGUGGUCCUGUUCCCCGAAUGCCACUACCCACUUCUCAGAACCCAGCUGCUACAACAAUGCCUUCUGGUAGCUUUCUUCCUAGAGCCAACCCACCGCCACCUUUGAAUUGGCAAUAUAACUAUCCAUCUACAGGACCACAGACUAAUCAUUUUCCUCAUGGAGCUCAACCAACUCUAUCUGGGAAUACAAAUUUGACAGCAGAUCGUCAGUAUGUUUCUUCUGGAGACCCUGCACUUCAAACCAGCCUUAGAAAGCCAGGUUCUGCACUUCCCUUACAGAAUCCACCUCUGCCUACCACUUUUCAGCCAGGAGCUCCUCCUGGGCCCCCUCCAGCUGGAGGCCCACCUCCCCAGAAAACACCUCCGAGGGCUGCAGUCCCACCAUUUAAUUCAACUGUCACCCAAGAAGGUAUUCCAUCACAUGCCAAUAAUGGAUCUAUGGUGGCUCAUAGUACUUACGAUGAAAUUGAAGGAGGUGGCUUCUUGGCAACACCACAGCUUAUUAAUCAGAACCCCAAAACGAGCCGAAGUGUGGGACAUGCAUACCCCUCCCUACCACCUGGCUACCAGAACACAGCGCCACCUAGUGCGGCUGGAAUGCCACCCUCCUCCCUGAAUUACCCAAGUGGCCCCCAGGCCUUUGCUCAGACUCCUUUAGGUGCUAAUCAUUUAACUGCGAGCAUGAGUGGAUUAAGUCUACAUCCAGAGGGUCUAAGAGUUGUCAAUCUUCUUCAAGAAAGGAACAUGCUUCCCUCGACACCUUUGCAGCCUCCGGUUCCAAAUUUGCAUGAAGAUAUCCAGAAACUCAACUGUAACCCAGAGUUAUUUCGAUGCACGCUGACUAGCAUCCCUCAGACUCAGGCCUUACUGAAUAAAGCCAAGCUUCCUUUGGGUCUGCUGCUCCACCCUUUCAAAGACCUAGUGCAAUUGCCUGUGGUCACCUCCAGUACAAUUGUGAGAUGCCGUUCAUGCAGGACUUACAUCAACCCUUUUGUCAACUUUCUUGAUCAAAGAAGGUGGAAAUGUAACUUAUGUUAUCGAGUUAAUGAUGUUCCUGAAGAAUUCAUGUACAACCCUUUAACCAGAGUUUAUGGAGAACCUCACAGAAGACCUGAGGUUCAGAACGCUACUAUUGAGUUCAUGGCUCCUUCAGAGUACAUGUUACGACCACCACAACCUCCAGUGUACCUUUUUGUGUUUGACGUAUCUCACAACGCAAUAGAAACUGGAUACUUGAAUUCUGUUUGCCAGAGUUUGUUAGACAAUCUGGAUCUGCUUCCUGGCAACACUAGGACAAAAAUCGGCUUCAUAACAUUUGAUAGCACUAUCCAUUUCUACAGUCUUCAGGAAGGUCUCUCCCAGCCUCAGAUGCUAAUAGUUUCAGAUAUUGACGAUGUUUUUAUACCCAUGCCAGAGAACUUGCUAGUAAAUUUAAAUGAAAGUAAAGAGCUUGUCCAAGAUUUACUGAAAAGUUUGCCACAGAUGUUUACUAAAACGCUGGAGACCCAGAGUGCCUUGGGUCCUGCACUUCAGGCUGCAUUUAAGCUGAUGUCACCAACUGGCGGUCGAAUGUCUGUUUUCCAAACACAGCUCCCAACUCUUGGCGUGGGAGCCCUGAAACCACGAGAGGAACCCAACCAAAGGUCAUCUGCUAAGGAAAUACAUCUGACACCAUCCACUGACUUCUAUAAGAAAUUAGCCUUGGACUGUUCUGGCCAGCAGGCAGCUGUUGACUUAUUCCUUCUCAGUGGACAGUAUUCUGAUUUGGCUUCUCUAGGCUGUAUUUCUCGGUACUCAGCAGGCAGUGUUUAUUACUAUCCCUCUUACCAUCAUCAACACAAUCCAGUCCAAGUGCAGAAAUUCCAGAAGGAGCUACAGAGAUACCUCACUCGGAAGAUUGGAUUUGAGGCAGUCAUGAGGAUCCGGUGCACCAAAGGUCUUUCCAUUCACACUUUCCAUGGGAACUUCUUCGUCCGCUCUACAGACUUACUGUCUCUUCCCAAUGUCAACCCAGAUGCUGGGUAUGCUGUGCAGAUGUCAGUGGAAGAGAACCUCGCUGACACUCAGCUAGUCUCUUUCCAGUCAGCACUCUUAUAUACGUCAAGUAAAGGUGAAAGAAGAAUUCGUGUCCAUACUUUGUGUUUGCCAGUAGUUUCCACCCUGAAUGAAGUCUUUCUUGGAGCUGAUGUUCAAGCAAUUUCAGGAUUAUUGGCCAAUAUGGCCGUUGACAGGUCAGUGACUGCCAGCCUGAGUGAUGCCCGGGAUGCUUUGGUGAACGCUGUCAUCGACUCUCUCUCAGCUUACCGCUCUUCAGUCCUGAGUGGCCAGCAGCCAGGCCUCAUGGUUCCUUUCUCUUUGAGGCUCUUCCCUCUUUUUGUGUUGGCUCUCCUUAAACAGAAGUCUUUCCAGACUGGGACGAAUGCACGUCUAGAUGAACGAAUUUUUGCCAUGUGUCAAGUGAAAAACCAGCCCUUAGUUCACCUUAUGCUCACAACACACCCCAGUUUGUAUAGAGUUGACAACCUCUCAGAUGAGGGAGCUCUCAAUAUCAAUGACAGAACCAUACCUCAGCCCCCCAUUCUUCAGCUCUCGGUGGAGAAGUUGAGCAGAGAUGGAGCUUUCCUCAUGGAUGCAGGCUCGGUACUGAUGCUUUGGGUUGGAAAAAAUUGUGCACAGAAUUUUCUCAGCCAAGUUCUGGGAGUUCAAAACUAUGCAUCAAUUCCACAGAUGAUGACCGACCUUCCAGAACUUGAUACACCAGAAUCUGCCAGAACAAUAGCUUUCAUCUCGUGGCUUAGAGAACAGAGGCCAUUUUUCCCAAUACUCUAUGUAAUCAGGGAGGAGAGUCCGAUGAAAGGAGCCUUCCUUCAGAACCUGGUAGAAGACAGAACGGAAUCCGCACUGUCUUAUUAUGAAUUCCUCCUGCACAUACAGCAGCAAGUGAACAAGUGAAGAGACCCGGGGCUGCUGAGGAAUCAGUGCAGAGUUCCUGAGAACGCAGUACCUUCUCUCCUCCUUUAGAUUGUGAACAAAUGUGAUGAUUAAGAUGUUUCACUGUGAUUUCAACAACUAUAGCAAAUAAAGGACCACAGCAGAGAGUCAGAUGUGCAACUCCAAAAUACUGUACUUUCAAAUCAAAAUAGAUUGGAAGCCUUUUUUUUCCUUUGCUGUCAACUAUGUUUGAGUUGUUACAGAUUGAGAUGAGUCAGUACUGCAGAGGCAAAGUACAUUUUAUAAAAUAAAGACUUCCGUGUUCUGCA